AGUUAGAACCAGGUAGCCCUGGAGGGAAGCCGGUUAGUUAGAAGGAGGCAGCUAAACUUGUCACUCUGGUGGCUUUAACCCUCGCCCUGAGGCACUUUAGCAACCAGCCUUUGCCUGCAAGCCUCUGAAGCAUGUCUUUGCCUCAGAUGGAGCCAGAAGAAGCCACUGGGAAAGGAAACAUGGGCACCAAGAAAAAGAACCUGAACUUCUUGAGGUCCCGGCUCUACAUGCUGGAGAGAAGGAAGACUGACACUGUGGUUGAGAGCAGUGUUUCUGGGGACCACGCUGGUACCCUGAGGAGGAGCCAGUCUGACAGGACCGAAUACAACCAGAAACUGCAAGAAAAGAUGAGUCCACAGGCCGGGUGUGCAGCGGAGACCCUGACUCAGGAGGAGGAGGAGGAGCAUCAGAAGCGGAGGAUGAUGGCGAGGCGUUCCAAAAUCAUCGAGGAGCUGGUACAGACGGAAAGGGACUAUCUCAAAGAUCUAGAGCUGUGCAUUAAGGAAGUGGUUCAGCCCUUGAGAAAUAAACAGAUUGAUCGGCUGGACGUGGACAGCUUGUUUAGCAAUAUUGAAUCUGUGCAUCAGAUAUCAGCCAAGCUGCUGUCAUUGUUGGAAGAGGCCACAGCAGACGUGGAACCGGCCAUGCAAGUAAUCGGAGAAGUGUUCUUGCAGAUUAAAGGGCCGCUGGAAGAUAUUUAUAAAAUCUACUGCUAUCACCACGACGAAGCGCACAGUGUCCUCGAGGCCUAUGAAAAGGAGGAGGAGCUGAAGCAACAAUUGAGCCUCUGCGUCCAGUCCUUACAGAACAUAUACAGUCAAGAAGGCAAACCGAACCUAACUAACAUGAGCUCCUUGUUGAUCAAACCAAUCCAGCGUGUGACGAAAUACCCCCUAUUACUGUGCGAACUUCGCAAUUCUACCCCUCCCUCUCACCCAGACUUCAGAGCCCUGGAGGACGCCUGUGCUGCUGUGAAAGACAUCAAUGUAAACAUCAAUGAGCUGAAAAGACGGAAAGAUUUAGGUAAGAAGACAUACGAUGAAUCGGGUGCUCACCACGACUGGCGUGCUCUGUUUCUGCUUUUGAGAAUCAGCAUGUCUGAGCCGUUAGGGCAGCUGUAG